GCCAAGAUGGCAGCGUCCGUGAGCUGCGUUCUGCGGCUCUCCGGCGGCUGUGGGUGGUCGCGGACGGCUCGGGGUUGUGGGUUCCCGGCUCUUCCGGGCUUUUGGCCCCGGGGCCUGCUGGGUGCGCGGCUCUUGUCCCAAGAGAAGCAAGCAACGGAAACGCACUUCGGGUUUGAGACGGUGUCGGAGGAGGAGAAAGGGGGCAAAGUCUAUCAGGUGUUUGAAAGUGUUGCCAAGAAGUAUGAUGUGAUGAAUGAUAUGAUGAGUAUUGGUAUCCAUCGCAUUUGGAAGGAUUUGUUGCUCUGGAGGAUGCGCCCACUACCUGGGACCCAACUGCUCGAUGUGGCUGGAGGCACAGGUGACAUUGCAUUCCGGUUCCUUAAUUAUGUUCAGACACAACAUCAGAGAAAGCAGAAGAGGCAAUUAAGGGCCCAGCAAAAUUUAUCCUGGGAAGAAAUUGCCAAAAAGUACCAAAAUGAAGAGGAUUCUUUGGGUGGUUCCCACGUCAUGGUUUGUGACAUCAACAGAGAGAUGCUGAAGGUUGGAAAGAGGAAAGCCUUAGACCAGGGCUACAAAACUGGACUUGCAUGGAUCCUAGGAGAUGCUGAAGAGUUGCCCUUUGAUGAUGACAAAUUUGACAUUUACACCAUUGCCUUUGGGAUCCGGAAUGUCACACACAUAGAUCGGGCACUCCAGGAAGCCCAUCGAGUCUUGAAGCCAGGAGGGCGGUUUCUCUGUCUGGAGUUUAGCCAAGUGAACAAUCCCCUGGUAUCCAGGCUUUAUGAUCUCUACAGCUUCCAGGUCAUUCCUGUCCUCGGAGAAGUGAUUGCAGGAGACUGGAAGUCCUAUCAGUACCUUGUGGAAAGCAUCCGGAAGUUUCCAUCGCAGGAAGAGUUUAAAGAGAUGAUUGAAGAUGCAGGUUUUCAGAAGGUGACUUAUGAAAGUCUAACUUCAGGCAUUGUGGCCAUUCAUUCUGGCUUCAAACUUUAAUUCUUUUCCUUUCUGGAGUGUGAAGCAGUCAUACCCUGCUGAAAGCUGCACCCUGAAGAAUAAUCUGGCUGAUGAGACAGCCUCUGAGCAUCUCCUCAUAAGGAUAUGAAUUCCUGUUCUGAACUGACCAAUCUCCAAGUAGAAGAAACAAAUUCCUGUCUUUUUUUUUUUUUUUGGUUCAUUGUGGGUUUUGAAGUCAGGGACUAGACACCAUCUCUGAGAUCUUUUUGCUCAAGACCAACACUCUACCACUUUGAGCCACAAUUCCACUUCUGGUUUUCUAGUGGUUAA